AUGAAGUUGAAAGUGAUUUAUUCUCUCAUAGCAAUAGGCAUCACCAUCAUUAUUAUCUUAGUCUUGAGUUUCCAAAAUAGAGGAGAAAAACCCAAAGAAUGUGAGAGCUCUUCCCAGAAAAAGGGGCAAGAGGAUGGUGGCCAAGAUAUUGGCAGUCAAGUAUUUCAAGAUUUAACCCCAGAAGAGAUAAUGCAAGUAAAGAGUUAUUUACAGUCCAACCUGGGAGUGCCACUGGUGGAGACGCCUCAAGCCAAACAAUCAGACAACUGCAUUUAUUUCAUCACUUUGCAGCUCCCUCCCAAAGCACAAGUAUUACAAUUCCUAGAUAAUCAAGGAUCUCAGCCACCACGAGAAGCUCUGGCUGUGGUCCAUUUUGGAAAUCAGGCAGAGCCCAAUGUGACAGAAUAUCUGGUGGGUCCACUUCCAGAUCCAACAUAUCACCAAGAUAUCACAGUAGAAAAAUAUGGAAGGAAAUUGCCUUAUUCUCAAAGGAUGGUUUCGAGAAAUGAGUUUCAUGAAAUCCGCAAUUUCUUAAAGAGAAAUGAAUACCCGAAGGCUCCAAAUUUCAUGCAAAAAGUUCUAAAUUACAAUGGAAGCAAUCUUCGGUAUAGCAGACAAAUGCCACCAGGGCUAAAAUCAGGAGAUCGCAAAACGUGGGUGAGUCAUUUCCAGAAUGUGUCUGGCUUCUAUUUGCAUCCAGUUGGUUUUGAAGUCCAAGUGGAUCAUAGUAGCUUGGAUGUUUCUGAGUGGAAGGUAUUAAAAGUAUUCUAUAAUGGACAAUACUUUGAAGAUAUGGGCGACCUUGAGAGACAAUUCAACAUGGGAAAGGUUAGAGUAGACAAAGUUAAUGAAGUCCCUCUUGAUGGGGGCUACUCUUCACUGAAGCAGAGGGUGCCACCAAAAGAUCCAGGCCCUUUGCAGUAUGAACCCCGUGGACCACGCUAUAGGAUUCACAAUAAUCAUGUCACUUUUCUGAACUGGAGUUUUGCAUUUGGAAUUGAUGCAAGCAGGGGUCCACGUAUCUUUGAUGUCAGGUUUAAUGGAGAAAGAAUAAUCUAUGAGUUAAGUUUGCAAGAAGCAAGUGCUAUCUAUGGAUCCAACAGUCCUACUUCCAUGUUGACUAGAUACAUGGAUGCCAGCUUUGGACUUGGGUCCCAUAUCUUUCCACUCACCCAAGGUCUGGAUUGUCCUUAUUUAUCCAGUUAUUUAGACUGGCACUUUUUUUAUGAUAGUUCAUUAACUGUUAGCCGUAAAAAUGCUAUCUGCAUCUUUGAGCAGAAUGCUGAAUUAUCCAUACGACGGCAUUAUGAAAGCAUCCAGUUUCCUUUUUAUGGAGGGUUGGCAGAUUCAAAUCUGGUGUUUCGGACUAUAUCUACUGUUGGCAACUAUGACUAUGUCUGGAGUUUUAUUUUCCAUCAAAAUGGAGCUGUUGGUGUUCGGGUCCAUGCCAGUGGGUAUAUUCAAAAUUCAUUUUACUUUGGUGAUGCUGAAGACUUUGGCAAUAGAAUCCAAGAAUGGGUGUUGGGAACAAUUCAUACCCAUAAUAUUCAUUUCAAGGUGGAUUUGGAUAUUGGUGGUGUGAAAAAUACCCUGAUUGGUAAUGACAUGGCUUUUGAGACCUUGCAGGCCCCUUGGAGUCCAGAAAAUAAGAUCCAUCGAAUGAAAAAGGUUAGGAAAGUUUUGGACACUGAGAACAAAGCAGCAUUCCAUCUCCAUGAUGAUAUGCCCAGAUACAUUUAUUUUGCAUCCAACUGUACCAAUAAGUGGGGCCAUGAGCAUGGCUAUCGGAUCCAGACUGUCAGCUUUUCUGGAGACCAUUUGCCAGAAUCAGAUCCAAUGGAGCCAGGCCUAAGUUGGGGUCGUUAUAAGCUAGUUGUUACAAAGAGGAAAGAAAAUGAACCUUUCAGCACCACUAUCUACAAUCAGGUUGACCCAUGGAAUCCUCCUGUGGCCUUUGCUGACUUCAUAAACAAUGAGAGCAUUGUCAAUGAGGAUCUGGUUGCCUGGAUCAAUGCUGGUUUUCUACAUAUUCCACAUUCUGAGGAUAUACCCAAUACUGCAACCCUUGGGAAUGAAGUUGGUUUUUUCUUGAGACCAUACAAUUAUUUUGAUGAUGACCCUUCCAUGUAUUCUCCAGACAGUGUUUAUUUCAGCCACCUGCAGGACCCCACAUCCUGUGAGCUCAACCAACUUGCAUGCCUGGCAAAAAUGGCUUCGUGUUUGCCCAUUUUUCCUCCUUUCACUUAUGAGGGUUUUCAAAACAUGACAAUUUUCUAA